AUGAUACUGGCUGGUAAGAUUGUUGGUCAUAUUGCUGCAUCUCCUAUCACUAUCAACAAUAACAACAACAAUAAUAAUAAUAAUAAUAACAUUGAUACAGACAGACAGAUAUUACAAUUAUUAAACAAGUUUAAAGAUGAAACAAAGAAUUGCCUUUUGAAUGUAUUUGCUCAACCAUCAUUGAAGAGUCGUUUGACCGAUGAAAUGUUACAAUCAAAUCAAGAGUCGUUUGAAUUGGAGCCAAUCAACAUUCGUGACCUGUUGGUAGAUACCAAACACACUGGUCGAGUAUUGGUUGUCAGAACCAUCAUCAAAGCUUACAACGCCGACAAUACCAUUCAUCUACUGGUGGAGGACCAAAAUGCAGACACCUAUGAACCUGUGGAUACCUCUGCCUUGCUCGUCACUUUGCACAACUAUGUGUUGCCAGGAAGGUUAUCAAUCCAACUUGAAACAAGUUCUAUCUUUCACUUUGGUAUUAUUCUCGCUAUCAUGGAACCUCUUUCCAAGCUCAACCCCGAUGAUGGUAGCCUCCAAGCCAUCAUGGAGGACUUUGACAAACACCAAAAAGAAACAGACUGCAGCGAGUACAUUGGUCCUGUCAAGAUCAUCCAAACUGAAAAGAUGGGUCGUGGUCUCGCAGUUACCGAGGAUCUCAAGCCUGGAACGUUGCUAAUCGUAUCAAGACAACGUUCUUUGACGACCAAAGCCACUAAAGAAGAUCAUGACAAACAUGAUAUCCUUGACGAGGAUAUUUUGGGUGAAGCAAACCUUUUCAACAACCAUUUUGAUAGUCCAAUCUCAAAAGCAAUAUCUAAACUCUACAGUGGUCCCACCGGUACUGAUAAACCACUCCCACCAACAACCUUGGACGAUUUCAAGAUAAGUGAAGCAGAUUUGUGCAAACCAUAUACUCAUCGGGGAGAUGAUCUUUGUCAGCGCAUCACCAAAUACAAUUCAUUUGGUGAUAUGGGCUCUGGUGGAAUACUUCUCCUUCCAUCGCUUAUCAACCACAGCUGUGUCGGAAAUGUCGCCACCGUCUUUUAUGGUGACACUGCCUUUAUCUUUUCGACCACCAAUCUCAAAGCCAACCAAGAGAUCUUUAUCAACUAUGUCGAUCGAUACUUGUCGUACCCAAAGAGAAUGAAGGCAUUGGAGCGUUACGACAUCACCAUGUGUCCUUGCCAACUGUGUGAAUUGGAUCGUCAAGAAACCACCCAAAGCUUUCAACAAAGAGACCAACUCAUAGAUCAAUUUGGCACCAACAAAUUCUUUGAAAACGUUCAAAACAACCGUCUAAAUUUGGUAUCAGAGACUGAAAACAUAGUUACAUUGCUCAAAGCAACAUUCAAAAACAAGACCCGUGCAUCGAUCCUCUCGUAUGAAAUGUUUCAAAUCAUUGGUUUCCUUCCUACCGCUUGCAACAAAGUAUACCCUCGAUUCCCCGAAAAGGCUUUACAGGCCUGCCUUGAUAGUCUCGCCACUCUUGGUCUCUCAAUGGAUCAAUCAGAUCUUAAAAGAAAACUCACUCCAGGCGAGAUAUCAUACCAAGCCAUCACUAUUCGUAUGCCAUGUCCACGUGCACCAUUUAUAUUUGAUUGUAUUGACAUCUAUCAUCAAUUGGCUCACCACUGUUUCCAAGUUGGUUACAUCCCAUUUGCUCGAAAAGCCAUGGCAUUGGCUCGUCUUUGUUGUGUCAUACACAAACAACAAUCCAUUCAAGAUCAAAACAACUACUUUGCACAGAAACAGUUUUACAAUCAACUAUUAUCAUUUAAUGAUAAUUUGGAAUUGAUUUAA